UUACAGCUUUUGACCAUGGCCCAAAGUGUAUGCAUAGCUUACGGCCUUGCAUGUCCAUGCCCAGGCAGCAAGCACAGCCUUGCAGUAGCUUACGGCAGAAGCCACAGGCACGCAGCAACACUCUUUCUUCCCCGUCCGCCCGCGCCUCCAGCUGGACGCUCUCCGGCUGCCGCUUUUCCCCGCCCACCGGCCGUCGUCGCUCGUCCCCAGGUUGCCGGUCGCCGGCUUGCCUGUUGGCCGCCCGCCGCUCGUCCUCGUCCGAGCAGGGAGCUGGCACAGGAGCAAGGAGCUAGAGCACAUCAGAGAGCGCUGCCAAACGGGACCUUGUACGAGCCAAGCCGGCCGAGCUCACUCAACAGGCGAGCGGCAGCUGCUUUCAGUGGCAGGUCACAGGUGAGUGGAUUGAUCCGCUAGCUAGAUCGGGCAUCGGGCCGGCGGUCGAUCUGAUUUCUGGGGCCGGCGGCCGGCGGCGGACGGCGACGAGGAUGGAAGAAGAAGGGGGUAGCAGUACUCUACGCGUACUCGUGGCAACAGAUUGCCACCUUGGCUACCUUGACAAAGAUGAGGAGCGAAGAUUCGACUCCUUUGACACUUUUGAAGAGAUAUGCUCAUUGGCAGAAAAACAUAAGGUAGAUUUCCUACUCCUUGGUGGUGACCUGUUCCAUGAGAACAAGCCUUCCAACUCGACAUUGGUAAAGACAAUUGAGAUCCUACGACGCUAUUGCAUGAAUGACCGGCCAGUGCAGUUUCAGGUUUUAAGUUAUCAGGCAGCCAGCCUCCAGAAUAGGUUUGGCCAAGUGAAUUAUGAAGACUCAAACUACAACAUUGGCUUGCCUGUCUUUGCCAUCCAUGGGAGCCAUGAUGGCCCUACUGGAGUUGAUAACAUGUCUUCGAAUGAUAUACUCUCGGCUGGAAAUUUUUUGAAUUAUUUUGGUAAAACUGAUCUUGGAUGCACGGGUAUCAGUAAAACAACAGUUUAUCCUGUAUUUAUCAGAAAGGGUAAAACUUAUGUUGCUCUAUAUGGAGUUGGCAACAUUAAGGAUGAGAGACUGAAUAGAAUGUUAAAUGAACCACAUGCUGUUAACUGGAUGCUACCUGAAAUCCGAGAUGAGAUAGACUGGUUCAACAUCUUGGUUCUUCAUCAGAAAAGAAAAAAGGCAAGUCCUAGUAGUGGUGUUAGUGAGCGCCUCCUGCCACGUUUUCUGGACUUGGUAAUUUGGGGGCAUGAGCAUGAAUGCCUAAUUGAUCCUGAGGAGGUUUCUGGAAUGGGUUUUCACGUCACCCAACCAGGUUCCUCAAUUGCUACCUCACUGAUUAAUGCUGAAGCUAAGCCAAAGCAUGUGCUAUUGUUGGAAAUCAAGGGGACGCAGUACAGGUCAACCAAAAUACCUCUGCAAUCUGUCAGACCUUUUGAAUAUGUAGAGGUUGUACUGGAAGACCAGGUAGAUGUUGAUCCUAGUGAUGAAGCAACCAUUCAUGCGUAUCUGCACAAAAUUGUGAGCAACCUUAUUGAGAAGGUUAGGGAGACAACAGCCAGUGGAUCAGAACUCAAGCUUCCACUAGUUAGAAUAAAGGUGGAUUACUCUGGCUUCUCGAUAAUAAAUUCGAAGCAAUUUGGUCAGAAGUAUGUUGGCAAGGUUGCAAACCCACAAGACAUCCUUCACUUUACAAAAUCAGGGGAAAGGUGUAAAAAUACACAAGAAAGCACUAACAGUUUUGGAGAGGUUGACACAAAUGACCUCAACAAACAAACCAUUGAAGCGCUCAUUCCAGAGACUAACUUGCAACUGGAGAUCCUUCAUCUAAAUGACUUGAACAGUGCAUUGCAUGAGUUUGUCAACAACGAUGACAGCAUGGCAUUUCACUCCUACUUGAAACAAAGCAUCGAUGAAGCAAGAGAGCCAGGAAAGAAACCCAUCACCAAGGGAAGACAGGGCUCCCAGAAUCUGCUGACCGGUGCACUCAGCGUGCUUGAAUCCGACGAUGAACCGAUUGAAUCUUCCGAUCCGGAGGAGAGUGGUAGCAGCCAGCAAACAGGAAGGAAGAGGCGUGCGGCACCAGGUGGCGGCGACGGAGGAUCUGCGGCGUCUGCUGCUGGGAGGAGGAAGACUGACCUGGCUUCGUUCCAGAGAGCUCCGAAGAAGGAAGACGACGCUGACGCGUCCAAGGAACGCAGGACUCCUGUUGCACCCGGGAGGUAUGGGGCGGUGAUCCGGAGGAGGGGAUGAGCUAGCUCGCUGGAUGUCCUGCGGCAGUGGCUGUGGCUGAUGACUGAGAUUCUUAUGGGGGGUUGAGUGUUGGCGCCAGAAUUUGUCUGGCGAACUUGAGCCUCUGGCUGAACUACUGAACUAGCUAGUGUAUUGAGGAGCUUAAGCAUUUAGGUUCAGAGCAACGUUGGAGCAUUUCUUGAUCGAUCAAGUAUUAAUGUUUGCUAAUUGACUGCACAAUAUUUUUUUUGGUAGACUGCACAAUAUUAACUACUACUUUCGUUCCAAAUUAUAGGUCGU